AUAAAACUAGUGUCAAAUUAAUUUUCUAUAAUGGUGGUCGUUUACAUAUUUAAGUUGUUUUAUUUAGAAAAUUAGUUUUAUUUAAAGUAUUGGUUAUAUUGUCAAUUAAAUUAAAGUUGAUGGUAUAAGUUUCAUAAGUUCACUAUAGUUGAACUAUUAUUAAUUUACCUAAAAAAUAAGUGAUCGACCGUAACCUAUGGUAUGCAGUUUGCGCAGAAGGGUGACUUCUGAAAACCGGCAACGAAUAGUUGUGUGUUUUUUUGUUUUAUUUGAUUACUGAACAAAACUCCAUAGUGUUCUAAGUUUUGAUGGCGUUUUUGUGAGUGAGUGUGGUGUAUCGAACACUGAAUGUAUCAGUGUUCGAAUUCCUGUCUAUUUUACGCGUGGAAAUCAAUGGAUAUAUUUUAGGAGCAAUUGUAAUCGUGAGCGGCCACCCAAGAUGAUGGUGGAGACCAUCCUCGAGUCCUCACAGGACUUCGGCAUGUCGAAUGGUCCGCUGCCGCAAUGGAAGCGCGAGCUGCUGCAGAGACGCGCGGCGCGCUCUCGGCCGCCUGCGCCACCUGCCACUCCUCCGCCGCAGCCCCCACCUCCUCCACCACCGCCCGAAGAGGACGAAGAGCUUAGUUACGGGCCCGGUAUCGUGAAGCGUCUCAAAUCGCGAUACCUCAGCUUAGCGCUGCGAGAAGCGCCUCGCCGGCGACCCUCCGUCCUACGCAGGGCCGCUUCCCUUGAGCACCUUUUAGAUGAGCGCCCGCCACCUGCUCCGCGUCCUUCUGCGCGUCCCGCCCGACCUGUGUCUCUCGCCGCUCCACCUCCCACCGCGGUCCCGCUCCGCCGCGAUUCCGUUAAGCGCGCGCGUUCCGUGGACGCUCUCAGCCGCCUCGAUGAGCCUCCGCCGCAGGCGCCACCCUCUCCGCUGCCUCGAGCCCCGCGUCCGCCGCGUCGGCCGGCUCCUCUGCUACGCGACACCGAGCGACCCCCACCCGAUGUUGUUCGUUCGACCCUUCGUAAGUUCGAGACGACACCUCCUAGGCGGUCUGCGCCCGCCGCCCGUGUGUCCGCUGUGGUGCGAGGUCUGGAAGCCCCACGUACCUCAACGCCCGAACCACGCGCGCGCUCCCCGAGCCCAGCCGCCGCCGACCUCUCCGCCAUCGAUGAGCCCGAGAGCACCGCACUUUCGAUCGAGACAAAACAGGUGUCGCAAGCGGCGUUGGAUGGAAUCGCACGCGCCGGUUCCACCGUGCGCUACUCGUUCCAAUCACCAAAAUUGGGUUCACACCUGCCGCCACUGGCGACUACGAACCCCGUUCUGCUCAAUCGUGUGCGCCUAUCUGCUUCCCCGCGUAGAGUUGGUGUCAUUAAGCCUAUGCCGGCACCGUGUGCCGAUGUCGCGUCUCCACCACCGGAGCGCACUGCGGAUGUCAUAGAUGAGCUGCCACGCCUCGAGACUCCACCUCCGGAUGCGCCAGAAAGCCCGGUAACGGCCCGGACUGAGCGAAAAGACCCUCCACCAUCCGCCGUCGUCGAACCCAUCCCAAGACCGCCUCCGGAAAAAACUGAAAUGGAACGAGAUCAGAGCGCAUCUCGCGAGCCGUCGCCGGAAGUUGAUCUGAAACUGGAGCCGAUAGUGAAAUUGGAGAGUCCAAAAAUGAGUGAGAAGCCGUUAAUGAACGGUCACGCAACUCCAGAAAGGAGCUUGAAGACCGCAGGUGUGGAGCGUGCAUGGACGGGAGCAGGUCCUGAAGGGGGAGCGGGCCCGCGACGGCUGCGGUCGGCGGUGCCGGCCUCGACGUCCGUGGUCUUCAACUUCUCACAUCGCAAGGAAGUACCCGACUACAUCGAAAAUGAUGGCAUCGUGCUACGAGCUGCCAAGAGGAAUCGCUUUAAGGCGGGUGAGAGUGGUGUAGUCUUACUUAAGGGCGCAGAAGUACCCGCGGAGUCUGAUAGCGACGGUGAGGCAGAGGUUGACGGGGCGCGGUCCCCUUCGCCCUGUAGCGUACGGUUCGUUAACGACAACGUACUUAUCAAUGGACGAUCGUCGAUGCUAGCGCGCACGCCAUUGCAUCGCGAACGAGCUGCUAAGCUAAAGCUCCAAUUCGACGACUCACUGACGCGGACCUUUGAAUACCCCUCCGAGAUUUCACUCUGCGAAGAUGAGCCCUCUCCAGCCGCUCCACCCGCUCCACCCGCUGCCACAUCCGCUCUAGCCACCAAUACUACAAUUGGUGGAGGCAGCGGCGGUCUGUCCAGAUACACGCCUAGUAAGACUGUCGCUGACACAUUCCAGCUGGGACUGUCGAGAACGCACCAAGCCCCGGAGGCUAGCGAUUGUAAAGUGACAAGCAACGGAGCGGAGGCUGAAGCGGAAGCGGAUGCAGAGAGUGGAGACGCGCGUCCCUGUGCCGCUGAUUCCGCUCGCUCUUGGUCUGAAUCGCGCACACACACCACUGAUUUACUCUUCUGAACACAAUUCUGAAGAAAACAUUUUUAACUCUUGACACAUCAUGCGUGCGCUAAAUGUGUAGUAGGUUGGACUAAGGGUAUUCAAAAUCGAGUCUUAGCUGAGUAUAACUUUCGUUAGUCAAGUUUAAGAUUUGACAUACGUGAGUUGUACUUAUCGCCAAUCUAAAUCUUAGCUUGACUAUUACCCUAAGAAUCUUGAAUUAAUCAUACCAACAGCGGACGAUAUCCGAUGUGUCGUAUACGUAGUAAUAAACUUAUUCAAAAAUGUACGCCAAGGUUCAAAUAUCAAAAAAAAUCAGUAAAAAAUAUGUACAAGGCGUGCGUUGGACCGGUGACGAGUCUGUAAUUGUGAUAUGACUUGUCCAAAAUCCGUCAUUAGUGCAUAUACGGUUGUGUGCGCUACAUCGACUAGUUUUAAAAGUGAAUAUUUUGAUAUCAUUGUUAUGAAAAACAUGCCGACUGUGAUACGUGAACCACGAGAGUGGACUCAAUUUGCAAAUCAAAAACUAUUUUUAAAGUAGCAUUUUGUACUCGUUUAUGCCCCUCAAUAUACGGGAAAUUAGUAUAGACUUAUAUCUGAAUUGCUCAAUGUAUCCGUGUAUCAGAUAAACCUCAUUAUUUAAGUAAAGGCAUCGCAUUUAUCAUCAGUCUUUAACACUGCCAUGCAAUGAUUUCCUAUAAGCCAAACAUGGAUAUGUAUUGUGAAAUUGUACAUUGACCGAGUGGAAAUGUGAUUCAUGUCAUUCCUAACCUCAUUCCGGAGAUAAAAUAUUUUGGAAAAUUUUACAAUAUAACGUAGACCUGUAGCAUUUCAAUUGUGUGUGUGCAUUUAUGUGUAUAUAUUCGAUUGGACUAUUCCAUUAUUGUACUCAAAAAGUUUGCUUUUUGAAUAUAUAUAAUCAAUGCAUUUUGUGUGAAUUGUAGGGUUGAGCUCGCUUGUAGCUUAAGUGUGCAAAGUAUUUUUUAUAAGGACUAUGACAAAGUCGUAUCCCUAAUCAAAGAAGUAUCUUUAAUUUUUCUUCGGACUGUUUGUAGAAUAAUCAUUCCUUUAUUUUGCUUGUAUUACUUUGUGAUAAUUUGCAUUUUGUAUAAAGUAUGUUAUGUUCAAGUUGUCUAAAAUACAAAUAAAUGUAAUGAAAUUGAAAACAAUGUUUAAAUGUCUUAUGGAAUGUGUAGAUUUAGAAAACUGUUUAUUAAGAAUGGUUUUGCAUCGUGUAGAUGUCGCUUUAGUUGAUAGUAAAUACUUAAGCAUAGAGAAUAGACUGAAAGACUGGCUGUCAAAUAAAUAAAAAUAAAACGAAAGUUGAAAACAAAUCUGUUUUCUUGAAAUCUUAUAAGAAUAAUUGUGGUCUUUUCUCUAUGGCUAAGAACUAUUCAGGAAUGAGCUGACGACACGCUCUGAGAGUGUCAUAUUGUCUCUGUCCUACUCCCACGGGUGGGACGUACUUGCCAAUGCCUAGUUGUAUCUUAUGCUUAUAUGAUAUAUAAUAACAAUGCAUUUAGUGAUAGCUUAGUUUUAUUUGGGUUCGCAACGGUCGUUUCUGUACGUGAAAGAAUCUAUUGUUGAAUGCUGGAAGCAAGAAAGUUAAAGCCAAAAGGAAACGCGUUUUAGAGACGGAUUAACUCGUAACGCUUUAGUUAAGUUUGACUGUGCUCUAGUAUUUAAGGCUACAUGUACUGAUGCUAAACGGCAAUAAAAUCAAUUGUAUACAAAAA